CAAGCCCAGCCCACUCCCUUGCUCUGUCAGAGGCUUGCCCCCUCUCCUCCUCCCGGAUCAGUUUAUUGUUUGUGGAGGACAAAAUUUUAGGCUAAUCUGGGACUGAAACAGACCCUGAUUGUUCCCACCAUCUGAUGAAACAUUACAGGAGGAGAUUGACAUUUUAUUGUUUUAGUUUAGUUACGUUUCCUAUGGAAUUUGUAUUGCAUUUUACUACGUAAGCGAGCCGCUCUGAGCCUGGUUUUGGGUGGGAAAAGGCAGGAUAGCAAGUCCAAUAAAUAAAUAAUGUGUUUUUAAGAGAGAGAAAAUGAGUUUGACCGGGCACUUGGCAGCAGUCUAAAACUGAGGUGACUUUCUGGCCCCUCGGACAGAGAACAGCUCCACGAAGCCCCAGUGAGCUUACCUGGGAGAUGGUCACACCUUAGGUGGGUGAAACACCUGCAGAGGUUGGGGGGCAGGGGGGCAGUUGGGUGGUGAUCAAAACCCAGCACCUCAGGGUCUUCCGGCCAUUUCCCUCAAGUGGUUUGGUCAGCUGAGGAUGGAAGUUGGGUUUCUCUGAUGGGAGCUGUUGCCAGUCUGCCAAGAUGUGCCUCAGUUCCCUCCUUGCCAGCCCCAGGAAAGACGUACGCCAUGCCGGACACCCUCGCCUGAGCCGCCCCGUGGACACGCACGCAGAGGCCUCCUCCCAACAAGCGAAGGGGAGGCCCAGCUAGGCUGGCUUUUCUUCCGUGGUGGGAGUUGUUAGUCGGGAGUUCUGCGGGGCAGGCGCUUUUCGGCCUCACCACAUCCUUUGCCUGUACAGUAAUAACUGAAGGGGCUGACGUCACCCGCUCUUGAUGCUGCCUCUGAAGCAGAGAGGUGAGAGCAACUUCUUACUCAUCGAGGAGUUACUGGCCUUCAGGAGGGACAGUUACUGGCAGCGAAAGCGACAGGAUCCGCGGAAGGAGCAUGUGGCCCCCGGCGCUUCUGGUUCUGCUGCUGCUUCAACACGGCGAGUCUGACUCAAGUUGCAAGAAUCUCCACUGUUUUGCUGACUACAUCCGGACACUGACCUGCACAUGGGAGGCUGGCAGCGCUGGAGGGAGGCCACACCAUCUCACUGCCAGGUGGGUUUGCGGCAACCACAAGGGCACCUGCGUCUUCCUCCCCACCUUGGGGAACGCCAGCCGCAUGCGAUACAUGUGCUCCUCCAACCAGGAGCGGUGCAUGUCCGGCAGUAGCUUCACUGUGACGGCGACAUUUGCAGAGGGAGCCCUUCCAGAUGGCCAGAGAUGUGGGCCCUUCAAGUACCAUGAAAACGUGAAGCCGCGGCCCCCUUUCAAUGUGAGCGCCGUGGCCUGCCCAGGUGGCUUCAACGUCUCCUGGGAGGGCGGCUACUCAGCCUACGACAACCUGCACGGGGAGCUGCAGUAUCAGCUGCGCUACAGACAGAAGGGACACCCCUGGAGGCUGGAAGGAGGCACAGCUGGGGGCCUGAAGUCUGUUCUGCAGGACACCCCAAGCUUGUGGCUGCUGCCGCAGGAGCUGGCGGGGGGCGCGGAGUACGAGCUGCAGGUGCGCUCCGGACUGAGGGACGGCUCUCCUUACAGGGGCACCUGGAGUGACUGGAGCCCCUCCGGCUGCCUCAAGACUCCGCACAGGGGAACCACCGGAGCGGCCUGGCUGCUUUUCCUGCUCCUCCUAAUCACCCUCCUGGCUUUCCUGGGAAGGCAUCAGAGUUGCCGGCCGUGGAAGAAGCUGGAGCAGCUCAUUCCCAGCCCGGCUCCUUUCUUCCAGACCCUUUAUCUGGUCCACAAUGGAGACUUCCAGAAAUGGGUGGGGACCUCUUACUCCGGAGCCCCCCUGGAUGUCUCCGAGUGUGGAACGGCCCUGCCAGAAGUGUUCAAGAUCAGCCCCAAGCCGCUUCUGGCCCCAGAUGCCCCCGAGGAGAAUCCCGCGCUCCCCUGUGCCGAUGCCCUGCCGGCCUUCCUUGAGGAGAGUCCCGAAUCCGCGCUGGAGCCAGCCUACGGCCACCUCUCCAUUGACACAGUAACCGUGGCUGAUGCCUGCGGCCCAGAGCCAGAGGCCUACCAGUGCUUGCCUGUGGACGGCAGCCUCUCCGAAAGCCUGCUUCCCUACAGCAAGGUGCCUCCACCUCCUCCCUGGCCGCAAGACCCCUUCCUGGAGCAUCUGAGCGCCCUCUACGGAGGCCCCCUGGGUGCCUCCUCUCCACCCCCCGCCCAGCCUUUCUGCAGAGAGUGGCUCUCUCCCACCUGGGGGGCUGACGGAGACCCAGGGGACCUGGCUCUCGACCUGGACACCGUUGACAGUGGCUUUGUGGACUCUGACUGUGGGAGCCCCCCUGGGGACUCUGAGUGCCAGGGGAGGUGUGCCAGCUGCGCUGCCCACAGGGAAGAGGAGGGGGCUGCCUUCCUGCCCAGCUACGUCAAGCAGUGGGUCACCUGCUACACCCCCCCAGAGGAGCACAGCUAGAAGCAGCAGCUGACUCCCCUUCCUCCAGCCCAUCCACUGCCCCUCUGGUGGCCUGGCACUGCUGCCCACGGGGCAAUCUGAACCCUUGCCCCCGUGCGGGGGAGAGGGGGUGAUGGUUCCCCCCCCCCAACUCCUGGCUUGUCUCCUACGUGUACCGAGGAGAAUAAAAACAUCCUUCUUGCGAGAGCAGCCUGUCGUCUGA